UCAACUGAAAAUGCAGAUUCUAAAGAAAAUGUUGAUGUUGCUGUAGAAAUCAAUAUCUUGACUAGUUCAAAUGUACAAGUUGAUGUUCAAGUUGAAGAAAGACAGUUGGAAGAUGGUGAGAACAUGGAAACGAUAUUCAAGAAAAUGGAAAAUUCAAGCCCCAAGAAGGAGGCUGUUUCUAAAAGUGAUAAUGGGAGUACUGAACAAUGUAAAAAUGAACCAAUAUUGAGGACUACUUCUAAGAAUAGAUUGCAAAGAUUAGGAGCCUUGUAUUCAGAAAAUGCUGAUUUAUCAUCUCCAAUUCAUCGCACAGAGACAAAGUUUGAUGAAGAAAUGAUUAAUAAGAACAGAGAUGAUGUAAGUUCUUCCAGAAAUACAAGAAGUGUAAGAACAGAUAGAUUUGCCAAACUUGCAAGCACAAUUAAUAAUUGGGAAGAUGAUUUGAGUCAAAGUCAAUCUAAAAAGAAAUAUAAGGCCCCCAGUCCUCCUAAGCCCACCACAAACAAUGGUCUUUCUCCCACAAGAAGUCCAAAUAAGUUGUCAAAAAUCAAUGAAAGAUUUGAUGAAUGUACUUCUAGCACAAGUUAUUCAAAACCAUCAAGCCCUACACGAAGUAUAACUUCUAUAAAUAGCAGAAGUUGCAAUUCUUCUGUAAAUUCAAGUCCAUCAAAAAGUGUUUGUACCAGUCCUACAAAACAGCUUCAAUGGGACCAAAAAGUUUUGCAAAAUUUGGAAUUUCAAGGUUAUAAAAGAAGUGAAAAAUCUGAUAAUCUGGUCUAUGAUUAUGCCGAUUCUGCCAACACCGAUCAGAAUAGUAAAGUUACUCCUUGCAAACCAAUGAAUCGUGUUGUAUCAUCUGAUGAUACUCCAAAGAUAAUAAAUUCUGUUUCUCAAAAACCAUCAGUUAAAAAAAAUAGAGCACCAGAUGUUCCAAAAACUGUUAGUAACACACAAGUCAAGAUUGUUGAUACUCUCACUAAAGCAUCAAAAAAGAGCUUAUUCGCAGAGAAAACUUCAUCUGACUUUACAGAAAAAUUAAGUCAAACAAAAAUUUUGAAACCAGAAACUACAAAUAAGCCUCCUUCUCAACCAUCUUCACCUCAAAAAGUGGCACCAAAACCCACAAAAAGUACUGCAAUAAUGACAAAAACUGCUUUAUUCGAGAGUAAGACCAGUCCAAGGAAAGAUGUGGAUCCAGCUUUAUUAUCACUCCAGGAACGAUUAGCACUUUUUGAAAAAAAUAAAGGUGUAGCUUUAACACCAAAGGCUCCGCUUGCAAUGGCACCUAACAUCAAAAGCCUAAUUCAGAAGGACAAAGCUCCAGAACCAAGUGCUCCUCCAAUCUCUAUUAGUGAAGACACAUCUAGUUCCAAUGGUUCAAUUAACUACUGUACUGGUGGCAUCAAAAGCAAAGUAGCGGCGUUAUUUUCAAAUAGUGAGAAAACCAUUUCUCAAGCACAGAUAAAAGCUCAGACUGAAGAACAAAAGAAAAAAGAUUUGGAUAUAUUGUUGAAUAGGUUUAAAAAACCAAUAGAGGGAAGCUCUGAAAAUAAACAAUUGGAAAACGAAUAUAAAGCACCACCACCACCACCAGCUUUUCCUGAACCUAGUGCUCCAUGUUUAGAUGAUACUUCAAACAAUAGCACCCCAAACAAAAGUCCUAAAAAAGUGAAGAUAGUUUCACCAAAAGAUGGUCAUUUAUAUCCAAGUUUACCAGAUCUUCCUGGUAAAGAAUUCGCAGAUAGUGAAUCUUACUAUGAAUCAAAUAGCCAAGAUGAAAGUUCCAUGGAGCCACUGGAAUCCGAUAGUGAUAUGAUGGAUGACAGUCAAAUGGAUAGCAGUGAUGCCACAGGAGAUGUAAGUUUGGGUCAUGAGAUAUUACAAGCUGUGAGCAAAGGCCAAUCACCAAGCAGACAAAAUCGUUCAACAUUGAUGGCUCCUGAUAGCAGUGCAUGUAGCUAUUCUAGUGAAGCUGAGGACAUUAAUGAUGUUCUGGGCGAUAUGAAUCGCUAUCUAGAUGGGGCAUUGUCUGGUAAUCAUAAUGAUCAGACUGGGCCCAGUCCCGCAAAACGGGGUCGCUGUCUAUCUCCGAACAAAUCUGUAACUACUUCUACGAGCUUCUGCUAUAAAAGUGGAUACAAAAUGGAUCAACCUAAACUUUCAAUCGACACAGUUGAUUGUAUUGAAAAGAAAUCUCCUGAAAAGAUGUACCAAGAUCAGUAUGAAAGUACUGAAACUUCAAGCGAUAAUGAGAUUGCUAAAUUACCACUCAUGCAUACUGUUAGCUUUUACAGAAGACAAACUCAACAGACUUCCCAAAGCCCAAAUCGGCAAAUUGCUCACAGAGUGGAGCAUUUUAGUCCUGAAAAAGAAGAAGAUGACCUAGACGAGUCAGAAAUGGUAGAAGAAAAAAUACGCCAGCUCACUGAAGAGGUGUCCCGUCAACAAAUUGUCAUAUCACAGAGUAGUCAAGCUUUAAAUUUAUGUGAGGCUACCAUAGAAUUCUGUGGAUCAUCUGAGCAAGUUGAUGGCGAAAAACAUCUGCUUGUUGCAACUCAUAGAAGACAAGCAGCACUUAAUGAAAUCCAAAGACUCAAAGUUGAAGGAUAUAUAAGACCACCAGGUGCACCUACUGAAAGAGGAUCUUUAUAUAUAAAUGCAAUAACAUUACCUCUUCGAACUGAUUAUAUACGAACAUUAGCAUCAGAUACCCAUCCAGGACAUCAUCUUGUUUGUCUCAUUAGGCAUCAAGAACGAGUUAUCUCAACACAAAUUAUUUGCACCCUUCCAGGACUGCAUUCAAUGAGGUUCCAGGACUCCAUAAGAAUGGAAGACAUGUACGCUGACUUUAAAGUCACUUUAGAAGUAUAUGGCAUGGAAGCUAAGAAGCAACUGUUGCCCCAUGAUGUUAAAUACCAUAUAGGAUCAAAAAAGCCAAGUAAAGGAACACCUUUGAAAUCAAAACAUGACUCAAGACUUGCAAGACCAAUGAUACAAAGUCCAGCUGGACCAAAUGCUGUUAGAUCGCCACAACUAGUUUUGCUAGGAUACAUUAUAUUUUCACUAAGAGAAAUUCAAAGACAGCAAUGGACAUUGAAUAAACCUGCUCCUGGCUCUCCUCUGGAUGGUAACAUACAAAUGCGGUUAAGUUGUGAAUUAUCAGUUUCUGUUCAACACCACGGUUUCUUGACAAUGUAUGAAGAUGUAUCAGGUUUCGGUGCUUGGCACAGAAGAUGGUGUGUUUUGAAUGGGCACACCUUAAAUUAUUGGAAGUAUCCAGAUGAUGAAAAUAAAAAGGCACCAAUAGGAUCACUUGAUUUGAGAGGAUGUUCUACCAAAGUUGUUGGAUUAGUCAGCAGGGACAUUUGUGCAAGAUUGCACACUAUUAUGCUCGAAUAUUCUAGACCUGCUCUUGAAAACGAUAAGGAAAGUUUAAUAUUAAUUAAGCAAGGCAAUGAAAUGGUUGCUCGUUAUCUGUUGUCAGCAGAUACUAAGGAAGAACGAGUUGAAUGGAGUAAUCAGUUUAAUAAAGCCUUAAAUAUUUUAAGAGCUUGGGGAGGAACACAAAAUUAA